AGCACUGCAAACUUGUUGCGGUGCGUGGAAUUGAGUCGGGCAGGGGGAGAAAGAUUUCUCCACUGAAGUUUCUGCCGAAGUGGAUGAAGCGCUUUUUGAAUUCUUCAAUGAGUACGGUUGAGAUACUUUGAGAGUCCUAUCCUGAACACGGGGAAGCGUAACAGAUAGAUUUACCUGUGUUUCCCUCAUAGACGUGGAAAAAUGAAGCUCUGGAUUUGCGUGCUCACUCUAAUCUUGGCAGUGAAGUCCAUACAAGGGGGGACGAACAUCAACGAGCCGUGCGCUGGACGAGACUGCGGUGCCGCUGGAGGCUGUCCGUGCCUGCCCAUCAAAGGCAGUCGGGGUCGACCCGGGACUCAUGGCCCAUUAGGAAGCAGUGGCCCAGAGGGCACAUAUGGCGGCACGGGGCCUUUGGGGCCCAAAGGUGAAAAGGGCAACGUCGGGAGGAGAGGCGCAUCUGGGAUCAAAGGAGAUAAGGGACCAAUGGGCGUUCCAGGAUUCUCUGGCACUGACGGAGUCCCAGGCCAUCCUGGCCAAGAGGGACCCAGGGGGCCUUCAGGUGCUGAUGGCUGUAAUGGCACCGCCGGCGACCCAGGAUACAGGGGACAGGAUGGGUACGGUGGUAAUCCAGGUCAAUAUGGAACACCUGGUGGAAAAGGACAGAAGGGAGAGCCGAGCUAUGUGGAUAUUGGAACCGGACCUAUCACGGGUCCUUCGACGGGAAUAGGAAGACCUGGUGAAAGCGGUCCCGAAGGUCCAGAUGGCCCAGCAGGUCAAAUUGGAGCGAGAGGUCCUGAUGGAUAUCCAGGGGUCCCUGGUCCACCUGGCCUUCCAGGCCCCACAGGAAGCCCAGGCCAAGGUUCUCCAGGAGAACGGGGAGACAAGGGGGAAGGAGGGCUUCCCGGAAACAGGGGCGCCCCAGCUGCUUUGGUUGGCCCGCCUAUACACCUUGUCUACAAAGGAGAGAAGGGUGAUAUUGGUUUCAGAGGUGUACCUGGAAACCCAGGAAUUUCUGGACCUUCUGGUGCUUUUGGAUACCGGGGUGAACUGGGCGAAAAAGGAAUUCCGGGAUAUCCUGGUCCUCGGGGAUUUGCUGGUCCCAAUGGGUCUCGGGGGACUCCAGGACGACAGGGAUUCCCUGGGAGUGCUGGGUACCCAGGCCAACCAGGUUUUUCUGGUGGGAAGGGAGACCGUGGGGAUCAGGGUCUACCUGGACCCAUCACGUAUGCCGACAGAAGUGGGGUAGCAGUGAAAGGUCCGAUGGGUGAUGCAGGCGGUGAUGGUCUUCCAGGAUCUCCCGGAGAUCAGGGUGCUCCAGGUUACGCAGGAGCCCCAGGUGCCCCGGGGUCCCGCUCGUUCGCCACAGGUGGUGAAGGCAGCCCAGGGUUUCCUGGCACACCUGGACCCAGAGGAGAGAAAGGGAACCCAGGUCGUCAAGGUUACGGCCCAGAGGGUCAACCUGGCAGUCCCGGCCUCCCUGGUCCACCGGGUCCAGCAGGACCAGCCGGGAGAUCUGUACCCUAUAAUCAGUUCCCCAGGGAGAUACCAGGGGCCAAUGGCGCACCUGGUCUGAGGGGCCAAUCUGGUGGCCCUGGAUAUACAGGCUCCAAGGGUGAACUGGGAGAUUGCGCGUGUCUGGGUGGAGGAACCUCAGGUGCGCAAGGCCCUCAAGGGUCUCCUGGAUCUUCUGGGUAUCCUGGCGGGAGUGGUGCAAAAGGAGAGAUCGGAGAUGCAGGAACACCUGGUGGUCCGGGGGGACUUGGACCUAAUGGACGUCCGGGAGAGCCAGGUUUCUUUGGUCGGAAGGGAGAGAAAGGCAGCCCAUACUAUCCGUACGGUAUCAGCGGGGAGAAAGGAGACCGUGGAAAUCCUGGGCUGGGCGGACCUCCGGGGGCGAUGGGAAAACCUGGAAGAGACGGACUCCCAGGGUAUCCUGGACUUGCAGGACCUCCUGGUGAUGCUGGGUAUGCUGUGGUUGGAGAAAAGGGUUUCCCUGGAUACCCGGGGGGCAAAGGACGUCCUGGCCUGCCAGGUGAACCAGGAAUAGGCUACCAGGGAACCGCUGGCCCUCCAGGGCCGCCAGGUGAACCUGGACUAGAUGGUUAUCCUGGUCCCCCUGGAGCACCCGGGCCUCGAGGUGACAGCUGUGGGCAGGCGGGGCUUAAUGAUGCCUCUUACGGAGAGGGAGGAUCGACACUUCCAUGCAGACUUCCUGGAGAAAGUGGAUCACCAGGUUAUCCUGGUCGCCCCGGUGCUCCAGGUACCAAAGGUGAACCAGGCCGCCCUGGAUCCAGUGGACAGCCUGGUUUUAAUGGGGCUAAGGGUGAGCGAGGUGACCCAGGUUAUGGUGGUCAGGCAGGCCCCCAAGGCUUUCCUGGGCCCAGAGGAGACCCAGGUGCACCAGGAAUCCCAGGUACAGGCUACCCAGGAGGCCAAGGGAAGAAUGGUCUCCCUGGCUUUCCCGGAGCUAAAGGAGAGCCUGGUGAAGUGUAUGGAGCCACUUCUGGAGCUCCCGGUCAGAAUGGACUUCCUGGGCUAUCCGGAGAUAAGGGCUUUCCUGGAAACAAUGGACAGCCUGGAGCGCCAGGUGGGGAUGGAGGUCCCGGUAUACCAGGGCCAAAGGGUGAACGUGGUCUGGAUGGCUACCCAGGUUCUGUAGGCCCUCCUGGCCCACCAGGUGAGGUCCCAGCGUCAGGUUUGGUUGGACCCCAAGGACCUCCUGGAGGCAAAGGAUUCCCUGGAUCUCCAGGGUUCCCUGGACCAAAAGGUGAACCUGGACGACCUGGUUCUCCGGCGAGAGGUGGCGCGAAAGGUACACCUGGCCUGCCAGGUAUCAAUGGAUCACCUGGACUCAGAGGCGCCAUUGGACCCCCAGGACCCCCAACACGUGAAGGCAUCCCUGGAAUACCUGGAGGAAAGGGUGUAAAAGGUUCGCUUGGAUUGAUUGGUUUCCCUGGAAGACCCGGAACCCCAGGAACGCCAGGACGCAAUGGUGAAAAAGGACUUCCUGGCUUUUCUGGAGUUGAUGGCUUACCUGGAGGACCUGGAGGUCCUGGAUUCAAGGGAGACAGAGGAUUGCCUGGAUAUCCCGGACCUCCCUCUCCACCUCUUCCAGUUGGACGUUUAGAGAGCGGGGAACGGGGUGACCCUGGUGUUCCGGGACUCCCAGGAUUCCCUGGGCCUAGAGGUGACAAGGGAUUCCCAGGUCUGCCUGGUCGUCAGGGAUUGCCUGGAUUACCUGGUUUUGUUGAUCAAGCUAAGGGAGCUCCUGGACAGCCUGGUAUUCCUGGUACUCCUGGAACUCCCGGUUAUCCAGGACCUAAAGGUUCUCCUGGAAUCCCAGGUUUCCCGGGUACAAGCGGUUCCAGGGGUGAUGAUGGACAGCCUGGUUUACCUGGUAACCCCGGAGGUUCUGGGCAGCCUGGUGCUAAAGGUGAAAGAGGUGAAUCCUUUGGUUAUCCUGGAGGUCCUGGUGGUAAAGGUGCUCCGGGAGUCGCUGGAUAUUCAGGUGGACCAGGAGGCCCUGGCUUAGUAGGUGACCCCGGUGCUCCAGGGGGGUCUGGGUAUCCAGGGUCAAAAGGUGGCCCAGGAGAGCCAGGAAGACCAGGCCUCACAGGCACCCCAGGAUACCCGGGUGCCAAAGGCUUGUCAGGAUAUCCUGGACAGAAGGGAUUGGCUGGUGAACCAGGUGGACCAGGAAUACCAGGAACAUCAGCAGAUAAAGGCUUACCUGGCGCACCAGGUUUGGAUGGACUUAACGGACUUCCAGGAGCUAAGGGAAUACCAGGCGUUCCAGGUGGUGGCGGCCCUGGGAGACCUGGGCCUUCUGGUAUUAAUGGACUGAAAGGAGAGAGAGGAUCAUCUGCUCCCGGUGGACCAGGUCGACCAGGUGGAAAAGGAGAGAGAGGAGACUCAGGUCGACCUGGACAGCCGGGCUUCCCUGGUGCCCCUGGCCCUCAUGGUGGGAGUGGGAUCUCAAACGUCCCUGGCCCACUGGGAGACCCUGGCCUGCCCGGACUGGAUGGAGAAAGAGGUGCCCGUGGUCUUGUUGGCGCCCCUGGACCUCCAGGCCCAGCCACAACGCAAGGAGAUAGCGGAGACCCGGGUCUCCCUGGACUACCUGGCGGUCCAGGGCAGAAAGGGGAACCUGGUAUCCCCGGAGGACCGGGAACACCUGGUGGCCCUGGAUUCAAAGGAGAGAGAGGUGAAACUGGCUAUAGAGGACUGAAUGGACCACCUGGUUUCCCAGGAGAUUCUGGAUAUUAUGGAGAAAAAGGACUUCCCGGGUCACCUGGUGCACCUGGUCGUGCAGGGCCUCCAGGAGUGGUCUUGCCCAAUGGCGAGUAUCCACCACGUGUCUUUGGAGAGGGUGGUGGUCCUGGUUUUAAUGGUCCCAGUGGUCUAAGUGGGGAUUCAGGACAGCCUGGUCUGCCAGGGCGUCAAGGUCCCAAAGGAAAACUUGGAGGCGCAGGGAGAAUUGGCCGUGAUGGCGCAGCAGGUCCCUCAGGUGUCCUGGGAGAUUCUGGACCACCAGGAUUUCAGGGACCUACUGGAGAGCCUGGUCCUCCUGGGAAGCAAGGACUGCCCGGACCUCCUGGUUACGCAGCACGCAGCAGCAGCAUUGGCUACACACUGGUGAAGCACAGUCAGUCCAGCCAGGUGCCCAUGUGCCCUCAGGGCAUGGCCAGGUUAUGGGAAGGCUACAGCAUGCUGUAUGUGGAAGGCCAGGAAAAGGCUCACAACCAGGAUCUGGGUCUGCCUGGUUCCUGUCUCCCCCGCUUCAAUACCAUUCCCUUCCUGUACUGCACUGCCAAUGAGAUCUGCUACUACGCCAGCCGAAACGACAAGUCCUACUGGCUGUCAACCACAGCACCUAUUCCAAUGAUGCCCGUGGGCCAGGAACAGAUUGCACAGUACAUUAGCCGCUGUUCUGUGUGCGAAGCUCCCUCCCAGGCCGUAGCUGUCCAUAGCCAGGACCUCACCAUCCCGGACUGCCCCUUCGGUUGGAGAAGCUUAUGGAUAGGUUAUUCCUUCCUCAUGCAUACGGCUGCGGGCGCUGAGGGCGGUGGCCAGUCUCUGGUGUCGCCGGGUUCCUGCCUGGAAGACUUCCGCGCUACACCUUUCAUUGAGUGCAACGGAGCAAGGGGCACCUGCCACUACUUUGCCAACAAGUACAGCUUCUGGCUCACCACUGUGGAUCAGGGCCGGCAGUUCAUAUCCGGCCCCCCACAGGACACUCUCAAGGGUGAACAGAUGCGCACCCGUGUUAGCCGAUGCCAAGUGUGCACCAAGAAUUUGUAGCCAAUGCUGCUUGAAGAAACGCGUGAAAAAUAUGAGGAAAACAUGGAAGAAAACGUAGGCAUUGGUGAACCGGUGCUAGAGGUGCAAGAAAAUACUGAAAAACAAACUUGACUGAUAACAACGUCCCCAUAAUCCCGAUUCCCGAUUCAACCCUUCAUUCUGAUCUUUUUUGGGGAUUUGAGGUUGAAAUCGAGGGGUGAUGGGGACAUUUGAUGCUCUUAAAUGGAGUGUUGUGGGGGUGGUGAGAGGAUGUUGUGUGACCACUCUACACUGGUUUAUCAACAGUGGUGCUACUUGUAUAAUUGUCUUCUUUGUUUUCAUUUUCUAGUUGUUUGUCUAAGAUAUUCACGGCUACCUCGGAGAGUGCGCCAAAAGCCCUUGGAUAGCACUGAAUUGCCAAUACACCUCUUAUUGAUUACAGUACAGCCAUAACACAGAUCAAUCAUAUAGGAGAUUUUUUAUAUAUAUAAAUAUAUAUGUUUGAGGUGAUUAUGUUAGCUUCAAUUACUGAAAGUGGUGAUUUUUUAUUCAUUUCUUCACUUCAUUUCUUGAAACGCAUCAUCUCAUUUAUCACAAGGAAAGUCAAGCACUUUGUAGUUCACACAGAUGGAAAAGACGGCGCCCUGUGAUCACCUGAAAACAAAUGCAGUAAACAAAUUCCCAGAUAUCUGUCUCUUAAAAUGUAUUGCACUGAUGAGAAUGUUUUGAAUUGAGUUGAAAUCAACCUAGCCUUAAGGCACUGUUAAGUGUGCUCAAAUCAGGAAUGAGCUCAGCCUUAUGAAACCAUAUAGCGUAACAGAUCACAAAUUCCCAUUCUACAGAAAUUGUUAUAUUCUACCAUGUGCUUUGUCAAAUUUCAUCUAAAUUUCGUUAUGCUGAAAUGAGCCUCCUUCAUUGACUAGAAAGAGAGACAGAGUUUGUGGAAUAGAAUACCUCUUUGGGACACAGAAAAUAACAAAAUGCCACUAUGACUGUUUUCUUCCUUCAAAUGACCAAAUGUAUUGUUUUAUUUUUUAGUUAAUGAAACUAAAAGAAGAAUAACAGCCACAUCAACUCAGAGACCUAAAGAUCUGCCUUUAAUGGAAUUAAUAUAUUGAUAUGUUACUUGCUAGAGGCGUUGAGCUUCAUUUGAAAUCAUUGUCAUUGCUUUACAUCUGUUGUCUCUUUUCUGGGCUGGCCUGUUCUGUGUCAUGCUUACUCUCCUGUGUCUCCUCUGAAACGACAGUAAGAAGUGGGUAUGGGUGAUGCGUAACCACUAUGCCGCUCAGUCUCUCAUUGGUAGCCAUGAGUACAUCUUGUCCAUUUCUUUUCAUUCGUUACAUUUGUAUGUAUACAGUUAUACUGUAUAGUAGUUUACUCCAUUGAACCCUCUGCUUGAGAUUUGAUAACAUAAAAGAUAUAGGCUGAUGUACAUUUUUAGGUGAAACAAAAGCUUAGAUUUUGUUUUUUUGUUUUUUGUUUUUAAUAAAAAAUUACAAUUAUGUUUAUUCAUUGUUAAUAAAAGUACACAUGUGCAAAUAUUUUAAUAACACAGACUGCUUAUGUACUGUUGCUGUUUCAGCGUUACUACUAUGCAUCAUUUGACAAAUCUGGCUUUGAUGUAGAUGAAUAUGUUUUGCGUACAUGCAAUUUACACCGGGGAUGUUACUAUUCCUAUUAUUAUCAUGUGGCUAUUAAAAUGUUUUACUGGAGGACGCUGAGAAUGGGUGUAAUUUCUGUGCUCACUAUGAAAUAAAGUAUUAAAAAC